CAGUUUGCGAUGAGCGAGUGAGGAGAGAGGUUGUGUGCUCGCCAGUGUGAUAACCAUAGUAUCGCUCAAUAUGGAGUAAAAAAGAAAAAUCAGAUAUAUUGUGUUUUUUGGUGUUUAAAACUAGACCUCCACAAUGGAUAAGAUACGCGUGGCCGUGAGGGUCCGUCCCUUCAACCGCCGAGAGAAAGAGCUCGGGACCAAGAGCAUCGUGGCCAUGACGGAGACUCAGACCAUCUUGCACCACCCCGCGGCUCUCGACAAACAAGACAGCCGCAAGCAGCCCAAGACGUUCGCGUUCGACCACUGCUUCGACUCCCUGGCCGUCGAGAGCACCGCCUUCGCCACGCAGGAGACGGUCUUCACGGCCGUUGGGGUGGACAUCCUCAACAAUGCCUUCACGGGCUACAACGCCUGCAUCUUCGCCUACGGCCAGACCGGCUCUGGCAAGUCCUACACCAUGAUGGGCACGGCGGACAACAAGGGCCUGAUCCCUCGCCUCUGCGACACCCUCUUCGAGCGGAUCGCUGCCAGCGCUCAACAAAGCACCUCGCACAAGGUCGAAGUCUCGUACAUGGAAAUCUACAAUGAGAAGGUACAUGACUUGCUCGACCCCAAAGGAUCAAGACAGACGCUGAAAGUGCGAGAGCAUAAUAUUCUGGGUCCUUAUGUCGACGGCCUCUCGCUUCUCGCCGUCUCGGCGUAUGAGGAAAUCGAGCAGUUGAUCGAAGAAGGAAACAAAGCUAGGACAGUUGCAGCCACAAACAUGAACAGCGAAUCCUCCCGUUCUCAUGCUGUGUUCACUGUCGUGCUCACUCAGACCAUGACAGAUGUUGCCUCGGGCGUGUCUGGGGAAAAGGUUUCCAAAAUGUCCCUGGUGGAUCUUGCCGGCUCAGAGCGAGCAGUGAAGACAGGUGCCGUGGGCGAGAGAUUAAAAGAGGGCUCCAACAUUAACAAAUCCCUGACAACACUGGGUUUAGUAAUAUCGAAGUUGGCAGACUCAGCUGUUGGCAGGGGAAAGAGCAAAGGAGAUAACUUUAUACCUUAUCGUGAUUCUGUCCUAACAUGGCUUCUGAAGGACAAUCUUGGAGGCAAUAGUCGCACAGUCAUGGUAGCCACGGUGUCCCCCGCGGCCGACAACUACGAGGAGACACUGUCCACCCUGAGGUACGCGGACAGAGCCAAGAGGAUCGUCAACCAUGCCGUGGUCAACGAAGAUCCCAACGCCAAGAUUAUCAGGGAACUGCGGGAGGAAGUGGAAACAUUGCGAACUCAACUACAGUCUCUUCGUCAAGUGACAAGAGACGGCCAUGCCUCCCUCCAAGAAGAGGAAAGUCUUAAUGAGAAGUUGCACGAGAGUGAGAAGCUUAUCACCAAUCUCUCAGAAACGUGGGAGGAUAAGUUGAAAAAGACAGAACGUGUCCAGCAGGAAAGACAGCAAGCCCUGGAGAAGAUGGGUAUUAGUGUACAAGCAUCUGGCAUUAGUGUUGAGAAGAACAAGUACUACCUUGUGAAUCUUAAUGCAGAUCCUUCCCUCAAUGAAAUGCUUGUGUAUUAUCUAAAGGAUCGAACUCUUGUUGGUCGGCCGGAUGCAGGGUCAACGCCAAAUGACAUUCAGCUCUCAGGUGUUGGCAUAGAGACUCAUCACAGUGUGCUGGUUAUAGAAAACUCUGAUCUCUUCCUUGAACCUUAUCCCAAUGCCAGAACAUGUGUUAAUGGUUCUCAGGUGACAGAAAAACUACAGCUACGGCAUGGAGACCGAAUAUUGUGGGGCUUUAACUACUUCUUCAGAGUCAACUGUCCAAAGACAAGUACUAGUGGCAAUAACUCGGAGCCUCAGACCCCUGCUCAACCAAUUGACUACAAUUUUGCCCGUGAGGAACUGAUGUUAAAGGAACUGAGUAAUGACCCCAUACAGGCAGCUAUACAAAACCUUGAACGUCAGCAUGAAGAAGAUAAACAAAUGGCUUUGGAGAAACAAAGACAAGAAUAUGAAAAACAGUUCCAGCAACUGAGAAACAUCCUAUCCCCCACAACUCCUUAUGCACCAUAUAUGCCAUUUGACCCUCUGAGGGGAACCAAGAUGACUCCCUCAACUCCCACAUCUCAGCUUCGAAUAGAAAAAUGGGCGCAGGAAAGAGAGGACAUGCUGGAGCACACAUCUCUUUUGUACCCUGGCAGAGAGGACAUGUUCAAGCGCAGUCUGGCACAACUGCGACAAGACAUCAUGAAAGCCAACACCUUAGUCCGGGAAGCCAAUUUCUUUGCGGAUGAAAUGGGCAAGCAGACGACCUUCGGGGUGACCCUCCAGAUACCUCCACAGAACCUCUCUCCAAAUAGGAAGAGGUCGGCAUUUGUCAGCGAGCCUGCUAUUCUAGUCAAGAGGAAAGGAAAGCCAAACCAGGUUUGGUCAAUGGAGAAGCUGGAACAUAAACUGAUUGUGAUGCGUGAGAUGUAUGAUGAAAAGCAAAAUGACCCCCUGGUGUCCCGUCCUGAAGCAGAUCCAUUUUAUGAAAGUCAGGAAAAUCAUAAUCUUAUUGGAGUGGCAAACAUAUUCCUAGAUUGCCUCUUCCAUGAUGUGCGGCUAAAUUACCACAUUCCAAUUAUCUCACAGCAAGGGGAAGUGGCAGGGAGACUACAGGUUGAAAUAAGCCGCAUUUCUGGUCAGUUUCCACAAGAGCGUUUUGCAGACACUCUCUCUGAAUCAUCUGGAGAUUCUGCACAGAGUAGAGAAGAUGAUGAAAUUCAGAAUAAUACAGUCACAGUUAGGGUAUGCAUCAAACAGGCAGCUGGACUUCCACCGUCUCUGUCACACUUUGUAUUUUGUCAGUACCAGUUUUGGGGACAGACAGAAAGUGAAGUAGUUGCACCUGUUGUCAAUAAUGAGUUUCCAGCAGCUCCAACUUCUAAAGACUCAAUGACAUUUAAGUUUGAACAUUCAAAAGAUUAUACAGUCAUGGUCACAGAGGACCUCUUAGAGCACUGUGCUGAUGGUGCUCUCUCGAUUGAGGUUUGGGGUCACAGGUCUGCUGGCUUUGGCAUUUCACGUCCUGGUUGGGAGGUUGACCAACAGUUGGCCAAGGCUCGGUCUCUUGUUGACAGAUGGAAUGAAUUGACAAGGAAAAUAGAGAUGUGGGUCGAGAUUCAGGAACUUGGCGAGUGUGGAGACUAUGUUUCUGUUGAGGUGUUACCACAAAAAGAUGUUUUAACUGGCGGUGUUUACCAGUUACGUCAAGGGCAACAGAGGCGGGUAGUUUGCCGGGUGAAGCCUGUUUCCAACUCUGGUACUCUUCCACUGAUAUGUGAGGCAAUAACAAGUAUAAAUAUUGGGUCAGUAUGUGGACGUCUGAGAUGCCAGCGGCAAUUAGACUCUUAUACAGAAGAAGAUCUUAACAUUCUUCGUGAGAGAUGGAGUGAAGCUCUGAAGCGAAGAAGAAUGUACUUAGACCAACAGAUCCAAAAAAUUAUCAACAAAGGAGACAAAAAUGAGCAUGAUGUGGAGCGUGAACAGUCUCUUGUGGAUCAGUGGGUAACUUUAACAGAAGAGAGAAAUGCUGUAUUGGUUCCUGCCGCUGGAUCCAACAUUCCAGGCGCUCCAGCUGACUGGGAUCCACCCUCUGGCAUGGAGGCUCAUGUCCCAGUUCUUUUCCUUGAUCUAAAUGCUGAUGACUUCUCAACACAAGGCUGUGGUGAUACCUUGACCAUUUCUGGAACAAAUGCCAUAAUUCCAAAGGAAAACUGCAACAAAUUCUUCCAGUUGCCAAUUAUCAAAUGUUAUGAAAAGGAUGUUUGUGCUGUAGCCUCUUGGGAUUCUUCCAUCCAUGACAACCAGUACCUCAAUAGACUCACGCCAAACGACGAAAGAGUGUACCUGAUUGUAAAAGCAGUUGUGCGUCUCUCGCACCCUGCGCCAAUGGAUAUGGUAUUAAGGAAACGUCUGGCUGUCAAUAUCUAUAAAAAACAGUCAUUAACAAGCAAAUUUGUCAAGUCAUUCAUUGGCUCAACAAAUACCCUUUAUGAAACUGGUAUCAUGUAUGAAGUUGUAUCAAACAUUCCAAAGGCAAGUGAAGAACUAGAGGAACGAGAAUCACUUGCCCAAAUGGCAGCUAAUGCUGAUGAUUCUCAUGCAGAAGAUGGAGAAACGUAUAUUGAAAAAUACACCAAGGGAGUAACGUCAGUGGAAUCCAUCCUAAUGCUGGACAGAUUGCGGCAAAACGUAGCUGUCAAAGAGCUGCUCCAGUCGGCUGGAAGGCCACUCAUGAGGAAGACUGCAUCCGUCCCUAACUUUUCUCAUUUAUUCGGAAGUCUGGAUGGAGGACUGGAUGGAGUUACACGCUCAGGUAGUGUGAUGGACCUCAAUGCACAGUUGUCCUCUGCAACCACACCGAACCAUGCAGACAAGAACAAACAUCGGUACUCUUUACCUGGGCCUAGUGAGAGGCCGUUUGGCUUGUCUCGACCUACGUUCCUCAAUUUGAACCUGAACCUCAACUCUCUCAGACUUCAGGGAUCCACUCCUGCCAAGUCAUCUCCAAGUCCUGGGCCCAUGAAAAUGACGCCAAGAAUGACAACUCUGCACGAGGAGAACACAAGAGAGGCUGCUCCUCUGCUCCACAUGGAGGAGGAAGAGGAAGAGGAAGAGGAAGAUGAGGAGGAGAAUGAAAAUGCAGCAGGAACGUCCGGAGGUGCUAGCGGUGAGGAGGAGUUUAGUGACUUUGCUUCCUAUAGAAGCACUGGCCUGGCAGGAGGGCGCCUUCAUCUCACGCAGAGUAGAACGCUUGAUUCUUUGAAUGAGGUUGCAGCAACCAAGGCUGGGACACCAUCAACAGUGUCAAGUGGCUACGGCUCAGGUGCAGUGUCAUCCACAACACUGAGUGAAGAUUCGCUCUCAGUGCGAAGUGUGAGUGUCGAUGAAACCCCAGACAAAGACCUUCCCACUAACCAUGCAACAAUGGAUGUCUCCACUAUCAGUUCUGGCGAGAGUGACUCUAGUGAUACAAGAACAGUGAUCAAUCAACACCUGGGAACGCUACAUCAUCCUGAUUCCAGCGACUCCUCCUACACUGGCCAUAUGCAGACGGAAUCUUCCAGUGAGCUCAAGAUCAUCGAGGAUGAUGAAAACAAAGAAAAUUCCAAAAACCUCCAGGUGGCUGACAUACACAACUCCUACAAUAACAAAGGGUCUAUCACCAUUGAUGCCAGUCCCCCGAAGUCCGUGAGUCCUGUCUCUCCUGCCGCUUCCUUUUCCUCCACCACAUCACCGCUGCCCUCAACAGUCACCCCCGAGGUUGUGAUGAGGCGAGGAGGAUCAGGCAAGCGGAACCCCACCCACCGGAUGUCCUUUCCUCUGGCCCAUUCGCAGUCCCAUUCUGUCAUCGAUUCUCAUACAAUGAACGGUGCAUCACCUGCAUCUUCUUCUGAAUGUGUCGCAGAUGGAGAGAAAACUCCGCCAGUCAUUAGUAGCAAGCCUCUAGCUCCCCUACCAGACUGGUGUGAGGUGGGAGAGAGUGUCCAGAUCCGACCCUACAACUACUCUGGUGUCAUUGCUUAUAUUGGCCACACUGAUUUUGCACCAGGAACCUGGGUUGGAGUAGAGCUGGAUGUUCCUAUGGGUAAAAACGAUGGAAGUCUGAAUGGAGUUCGGUACUUUGCAUGCCGUCCAAAGUGUGGCAUGUUUGUCAAGCCAGAGAAAUUACUGUUGGAUCGACGGGGUCGAGCCAUGAGAGCUGGCCGCAAUAAUGGCUCAGGUCAGAGUGGCAUGGGUGACAUGAAACGUUCGCGAUCCACGGCAGAGAGGCUCAGUGAUGUUGGAAUAAGGAAAAGUGCCAGCAAAAGUGAGGGUCUGAACAGCAUGCGACGCUCCAAGAGCCGAGCUGAGGGUCUUUCCUCGUUCUCCGACCGCUCAAAAUCUGCCACUUCUCGAAUUAGGAAAUAAGCUGUAAGACUCAAGUCCUGGUAGAGUUAUCUCUGGUAAAACAAAAUGAAAAAGGCUGCUAUAUACAGGGUGCAUUGCAAGCAAGUUGUGUGCCAACUGGAACAGUUAGCAAAUUUUAUUUAACCCAGUUACUUAAGGUUAUUGUUCUCAUCUUUACAUUGAUUUUAUUAAAAAAAGAAGAGAAAAUAAAUAUAGAAAAAUGUAACAAGAAGCUGGCAAUUGCACAACUAUUGUGAGCAGCACAGCCCCAAACUUCCAUCAAGUGUUACCCUGAGAACACGUCCCUGUUAUCCCUCCAUUGUGAGAUCCUCUUGUAUGGUAGCAAUAGAUAGAUUGUACUUAACCUGCUUCAGGAUUUGAGCACUUCCGUCGAUAUUAAAUUACUAUUUUUUGAUUUUUAAUAAUUUUAUUGUGAAAUACAUAUGACUCAAGAUUUAUGAGUUUUGUUCAGAUUUUAUGCUUGUAAGAUUGACUAGUACUUGAAAGGAAGUCUGAAAUGAAAGUAUGUUAUUAUUUUACCACAUUAUAGAUUACUUUUUAUUGAAAUUAUAUACUUUUAAUAAUAAAUCUGACUUUCCAUCGUCCAGAAUGUAUAGAAUUAAUACCAUUUCAUACAUCAUAGACAUAUUUAUGGCCAAUUUGUGUACAGUGUAACAAGACAAGUAUGAAGUAAAUCAUAAAUGUUUUUACUCACCACAAGAUUUGUGGAAUACUGUGUUGGCUUUCUGUGCUUCGAACUGCUGGAAUAUAGAUGUAGAUGCUUUGGUGGACAAAUGAAGGACUUGAUUGUUAUAAGAAAAUACAUCAGUACUAAAGAUCAAAAGGUAAAAAAAAAAAAAAAAAACCUAUGAGAGAUGUGUCUUAAUUUUGAAAAUUAUGAUUUUGUCAAGUUCUUCAAAUUAUUUGACACCAUGUGUAUGUUUCCAUGAUGAUUUGUAAUGUUCAACUGUAUAUAAAAGGAUGUAAUACAUUUAAGUCAUUUUGUUGCCAUAUCUUUAGUUGUACAGUAACAAUUAUUUUAUUUUGAUCUGUAGAUGAUCAUUUUAUUUAUGGUAAAUCUUAAGAUAUACAUAAGAAAUGUGUACAUGUAUAUACAAUAUAUAUGUCAUAUAUAUUAUAUCUAUAUAUGUAUAUACAUAUAUAUGAAUGUAUGUGUAUAUGUGUGUCAGUGUACAUGUGCAUGUGUAUAUGUAUGUAUGUAUGUAUAUAAGUAUGUGUGUUCCUAUUUAGAGAGAGAGAAAGAGUGUGUGUAUGCGUGUCCAUGCAUGCGUGCGUCUGUGUUUGUUUGCGAGCAUGUGUGUCUGAUUAAAUAUUGUAUGAAAUAUCUCUGUGAAUAAAUGAGUGUAAAAGUAUGUAAGCCUGUCUGUUUGUGUAUUUCCAUAUGCUGUCAUCUGUGUCCCUUUUACCAGCACACAUAUUUUUAUUUGCAUAUACAGAAGCAACAUGUACAUAUACACACAUGUGCAUACACAAACACUUAUUUACAUACACACAUCCAUAUUCAUGAGCAGACACUCAUACAACUUGUACACAUACACAAAUGCACAUAUGCACAUACAUGUAUAUUAGAUUUAUAUUGUAAAUAUUUACAUAUGGUAUUCAGAAUUCACUGUAUAUUUGCAGACACUCUUCACUGACUAAGAUAUACUUGCUUAUAUGUUCAUUAAUGCAUUCUUCCUCUUAUUUGUGUGUGUAUGAUAAUGUAUGGCUGUACUUUUUUUUGCAUAUAUGUAUGUAUAUAAGGAUUAUGUGCAUAUGUGUGUGUGUGUGUGUGUGUGUGU